AUUGGGUCUGCUAGAAAGAGAAAGAAAGAAAGAAAGAAAGAAAGAAAGAAAGAAAGAAAGAGAGAACAGGAAUUCUAGAGAGAGAGAGAGAGAGCUGGGUUGAGCUGAGCUUUUGGGUUGGAUGCAGCUUUUCUGAAAGGGUAUGGGAGACGAAAAAACACUUGAGAGGGUGAAGUAGUAAUGCUAGGAAGAUGGGAAAGAAAGGCAGCUGGCUUUCUGCCAUCAAAAGGGUUUUUGUGCCCAAUUCUUCUUCCAAGGAUAAGCAACUUGAUGGAACAGAAAAGAAAACGCCUCAUGAAAAGAAGAAGGGACGGAGAAUACUAAAGCAUGGAGAGUUCAAAUCAUUUAUUCCACUCUUCAGAGAACCGAGUAGUAUUGAGAAAAUACUGGAGGAGGCAUCUGAACAGAGCCUACUUGUUCCUCUCUACUACGAGCAACAAAAAAAUGCUUCUGCAAGGCCAACAUCUCCAAGGGUUUCUCCUUCCCGGGCUUCUUCCUGUAGAGCUGCUUCGCCAAGGUACUCUCCUCCUAGGGUUGCAUCCCCGAGGACUGGUCCUCUAAAAGUUAGCUCCCCACGAGCUGCUUCUCCGAGGGCAAUAUCUCCACGGGCUGCUUCUCCAAGGGAAACAUCUCCACGGGCUGCUUCUCCAAGGGCAAUAUCUCCACGGGCUGCUUCUCCAAGGGAAACAUCUCCACAGGCUGCUUCUCCCAGAGCAACAUCUCCAAGGGUUGAUCCUCCGAGGGUCACCUCUCCUAGAGUUGCUUCUUCUACGGUGAACCAAAACCGCAAAGAAACCAGCUACACUCAGAGACCAGAACCGACUCUACAAGCGCUUCAUUUCUCAGCCACUAGGAUCCAGGCAAUCUUUCGGGGUUAUAUGUCGAGGAAGAAUUUCAGAUCUUUGAGGGGUUUACUAAGGCUUCAAGCAGUGGUUAAAAGCAAUAGCGUCAAGAAGCAAACAGUCAGUGCCAUGAAACAAUUGCAGCUUUUAGUUAGGGUACAGACUCAAAUUCGAUCACGGAGGAUCCAAAUGUUGGAAAACCAGGCACUCCAAUGGCAGGCUUACAAGGAUGGGGAGAGCACCCUGAGCAAAUGGUCCCAGAUGUCUGAGGCAGGUAACGAGAAAUGGGAUGAUAGCAUGCUAACCAAAGAUGAAACCGACCAAAGGUGGCGAAAAAAAGUAGAGGCAGUCAUGAAGAGAGAGAGAGCCUUGGCCUAUGCAUAUUCUCAUAAGUUGUGGAAAGCAAACCCUAAGAACAUUCAAUCCAAUGGAUUUCCGUGUUGGUGGAAGUGGUUAGAGCGCCAGCCACGUUCUGCAAGUUGUUCAGAAAGCCCGUCUGCUGUGAAAAAUGCCCCCCGAACACCUUCGAGGGCAAUUUCGGAGCGUAAAGGAAGCCCUUUACCUCAAACUCCCAACUAUAGGUACCCAAGUAGCGAAUACGACAAUCUCGAAUCAGAGACUCCAACAUCAACAAAGUCGGCAAUUCCAAUGCGAGCCAGACCAUUUCAUACUCCUGGUAGAACGCCUCCGAAUUCAAUCCUGAGAAAGUACACUCGUGCCAGAUCCAAUGCUACUGGAUCGCCUUUCCAGUACCCCUCGAAGGACGACGACAGCCUAACGAGCUGCCCUCCAUUUUCCGCUCCGAGUUACAUGGCACCUACUAUCUCAGCUAAAGCGAAAUCGAGACCGAAUCUGAGGGAAGGAGAGUUCGAGACCCCGUCUAGUGGCACAGCGAGGAGGUUAACCUUUCCUUUCACUCCGAAUAUCGGGUCUUUUAAGUGGAACAAAGGGUCCAACAAAGAUGCUGCAUCUCUACGGGAAUUUGACAAGAGCGCGGAUGGUUUGAGUGUGGAUUCCACUGUUUCGAUGCCAGCUAUAGUUGGUAGGAAACCUUUUAACAGAUUUGUGUGAUUCGAUUUCUUGAAUGUUUUUCUCUGUUGUCAAUGUUUGUAGCAUUAACCUUGGAAUUUGCUCGUGUUAGUGUAUGUAUGGUGUAUGUCAGAUUCCCAAAUACUAAUAUGCACAAUAAUGGUAGAGUAGGGAAUGUUGUGAAUGUAGUUGAAUAUUCAUAAAAGUUGUAGUGUGCAUAUUCUGUAACUUUUGUGUUUGGAUCAAUGUGUAAUUCAGCUUCUAUUGUGGGUGUAAUUGUAGCCGUGGUGGCUUGCUAUUGCAUGGAUUAA